AUGUCUUUUACUAGAGUUCUCUUAGGUUUGGUUCAUAAUAAAAAAAUAAUAACUGUAUUGCUAUUGUUUUAUUUAUUAUUGUUGUGCUUCAUUACUGUUAAUGCGAAGAGCAUGGUCCCCGUUCUAUCUUUGGAUCAAAAGCCUCCUGAUAUAAAAAAUUUGACCAAUAAACCAAUAGAGGAACUGAAAUUCCUUCCUUUUAUAAUGCUCAUAGACAAAGAUAUGGACACGAGUGAAUUUUGGCGGGAGACAGAAAUAUUGUCUUUGGUCAGAAACAACGAGAUGGACAUAGACUAUGAGAAAUGUGAACAAAGUAAUCCAGAGAAAACUCUUGUUCAAUUCCCCAGUCGACGUACUGUGAGGCCGAUUUGCAGACGAGCUUAUGAUUAUCAACUGUGUCCGCAGUGCCCACGCUUCAGUAAUCACACUGAAUGCGAACUUUUUCAAGAUUCUUGCAGAGAAAGAAAAGUAAAACCAUCUGAAUAUAGGACAUAUUGCGACAAGAAAUAUGGAAAAUGGCGAACCAUGUUUAUCCCAUCUGACUAUUCGCAGUGUCGAUGCUGUGACGAGUGUGUUUUCUAUCGAGAGCUUGACCAAUCUUGCGUUCAAGAUGAAUAUGAUUUUGAUGCCGACGAAUUUUUACCAGUCACCUCAUUGGAUUUCCGCGCCGGCUGUAACCCAUACUGGGGUCAUCCUGAACAAGAGCUGAGAGCUCUACGAUGCGAUAAUAUCUUACGCCGAUGUGUUCCAGUCAACAUACCGCUAUUACCCAAUGAGACCCUAACAAUCCGUCGCAGUUUCCGCUACGACCCCCCCACGGGAGGGGGGGACUGUCCCAUAUGGUGUCGCGGCUACGAGUGCCAAACAGGCAUGGUGAAGGAGCAAGACUGUGCCCCGGGCGCCUUCCUGCCUGAUAAGGAUCAGUGCAAUUGUUGUGGACGAUGCAGUUCAUAUCAACAAUUGAAUGAAAAAUGUGCUGAAUUCAAAAAAACCGUUCACAUGGUAAACGGCUCAAAAGAAACUGAGGUAGAGGAAGAGUUCCUGGAGCCAGGGUGUGAUGAUGGACUGGUUUGUAGACAGGGCUUCUGUCAGGACAUCCACACCGUUCAGACUUUUGUGGGAGGAAGACGCAGGAGGGACCAGACCUUAUACGAGGCUAAUGAGCCAUGUAAGCGUGAACUGAAGAGUUUCAAGAAGAAAUACGGUCAGGACGGCCAUCUCCACUACAACGCGCCACAGUGCACGCCCCUCUGGCUAUAUGCACCUGUACAAUGCCGCCGCUUCGUUUGCUACUGCUCCUUGGAAGACGGUACUUUCAUCGAGGGCAUCAAGGUGCCUCGCGUUGAAGUGUCAAACAUGAACUGUGAUUGUGCUCGCGAAAAAUGUAGGACUGGCUCAGACAUUGAUUGCGACGGUUAUGGAAACUAUAAAGACGCUCUGUUUACAUCUGCCUUCGACCGCUGGGACGAAGACGCUAAUACCACGGGUUUGUAG